AAUCCAACCAAAAUAUACGGUCCCUUGCAUAAUAACCAACUCAAAACAGCAAUCAAUAAUUUCCACACCAAAUACCAACUACCAAGAAUUGAAUUUCCAAACACCGUUUACGCACUCUAACACAUCUUAACAUAUCUUAUUAUCUUUCUUUAGGAAAAAAAGUAUUCAUGCAUAGAUAGCAUAAUUUGAGUCAAUGGUUUCAUCAAUCACCCUCAAACACAACACAGGGUGAUUGACUGAUUUCAUAGUGCAUGAUAAGUGUUUGAUAAUUUGUUUAUUAAAAUUGUUCUACUAGUGUCUUGGAGGGUCAAGAUGGGCAAGAAGCGAGUUUUGUUGCCAGCAGAGGAAGUUGAGGUCACUGCUCAGAAAUAUGAGUUUCAGCAGAUCAAAGCUCCACACUUGACUGGGUUUAUGCUCAAGUUGUUUGUUAAGUUACUCGAAGCUCCUGUCAUUGGUCCUCUUAUUGCUGAUCAUUUGAAGAAGCAGAAUCAGAUUAACGAGGUACUACGUAAUACUGCGAUACCAGAGACGCCCAUGUUCAAACCUGAGUAUCCCUUUCAAGAACCAGAAGUCGGUAUAACUACUCUGGACAAAUGUGUUACAUCUGAAGACCGUGUUGAAUUAGCCUUAAAGUGUCUUCCUCAGUAUGAUCCUUCUAGUACUUGGACGGGUGAUAUGUCUCCAUUCCGCUACUGGAAAAUCCGUGAUUAUGCAUAUGCCUACAGAUCAAGGCUUGCAACUCCAGCCAUUGUUGCAGAGAGAAUUAUCUCGGCUAUUGAGGAGUUCAGCCAUAAGAUACCUCCAGCGCCAAUGUUAAUAUCUUUUGACCCUGAGGACAUAAGAAGGCAAGCUGAAGCAUCCACACAAAGGUUUGAGAAAGGAAGUCCAUUGUCAAUCUUGGACGGGAUCUUUAUGGCUAUUAAGGAUGAUAUAGACUGUUUUCCUCACCCAUCUAAAGGUGGUUCCUCAUGGUACCAUGAGGUAAGAUCCGUAAGAAAAGAUGCAGUUUGUGUGUCAAGGUUGCGUGAUUGUGGCGUUAUCUUUGUUGGAAAGGCGAAUAUGCAUGAAAUGGGAUGCGGUACUACUGGAAAUAAUCCCAAUCACGGCACGGCAAGAAACCCACAUGCUCCAGAUAGGUACACUGGUGGAUCUUCCUCAGGGCCUGCAGCAAUUGUAGCUUCUGGAUUGUGUUCGGCUGCAUUGGGAACUGAUGGUGGAGGAUCGGUCCGUAUUCCUUCUUCUCUUUGUGGAGUAGUGGGCUUAAAAUCUACAUAUAAGAGAACAAGCAUGAAAGGGGCUACAUGUGAUAUAGGGACUGUGGAAAUUAUUGGCCCUAUUGCAUCAACAGUUGAGGAUGUUAUGUUAGUGUACUCAGUAAUCUCUGAAACCGCUCCUGAUAAAAUCAGUUUGAACCCGUAUGUAACUUCUUUACCACAGUUAUCAACACAUGAGAGUUCUAAUGCUUUAGGAUCACUGAGAUUAGGGAAAUACACAGAGUGGUUUAAUGAUGUAUUCUCACCUGAAAUCUCUGGAAAAUGUGAUGACAUUCUUGAUAUGCUCUCGAAGACAUAUGGAUGCGAAACUGUAGAUAUCGUAAUACCAGAGUUAAACCAUAUGCGCAUAGCUCACCUUGUCACGUUUGGUUCUGAGACAGCAUCUGCUUUAUCCCCGGAAUUUGAAGAUGGGAAUAGCAUAAAAUUUACCCAUGACACUCGCAUCAAUCUUGCACUUUUUCGGUCCUUCACUGCUUCAGAAUAUGUUGCUGCGCAACGUCUGAGGCAAAGAAUGAUGUAUUAUCACAUGGAGAUUUUUAAGAAGGUUGAUGUCAUAGUGACUCCAACCACUGGUAUGACAGCACCUGUGAUACCUCCUGCUGCUCUUGAUUUUGGGGAAACGGAUUUGCAAGUUGCAAGUAAUCUCAUGCGGUUUGUCUUGGCCCCAAAUCUUCUUGGACUCCCAGCGAUCUCUAUCCCUGUUGGAUAUGACAAGCAAGGGCUUCCAAUAGGUUUGCAACUGAUUGGUCGUCCCUGGGCAGAAGCUACAAUUUUGCGCCUUGCUGCUGCGGUAGAGGAACUCUCUGCUACCCGGAAGAAACCUCAAUCUUAUUAUGAUGUUCUCAAGGGAAACUAAAUAUUAACUGGUUCUACUAAAAUCCUAGGACAUGUUUAUUAUCGGUGAAAAAUUUGUGUUCUUUGAAGAUGUUACACAACUAUGAUGAAUCACCUAAAGUUUAAACAGUGUUGUGUGUGCUCUCAAUGUAAUAAGAUAACUUCCCGUGCUAUAUAAAAACUGUUCCGAGUGUGACCCUA